AUGCGUAUCAACGCGACAGAUUCAGCGAAUAUCAUCCAAGCUAUACAGGGUGCCCUGAGAGUACUGUCGGCGUUACACCUAACAUCAUACCAAUUUCCAGAGCAGACCUGCGUAUUUGAUGGCGCGUCAUACGAUUACAUAAUAGUUGGUGCUGGUACCACUGGGUGUGUGGUUGCCAACCGUCUGACAGAAGAUAGUAAUACAACUGUGCUACUCAUUGAGGCUGGAGGCGAUCCUCAAGUCGAAGCUGGUUUACCAGGCCUACUUAUGUACAUGAAGCAAAGUAGUUCAGCAUGGAACUAUACGACAGAACCUGAUGGAAUUUCAUCACAAUGCCACAAGAAGCUUAAAGAUGACAUGUCCAUAGGAAGAGUUCUUGGGGGUUCUAGUUCAUCAAGCUACUUAUUGUACUCCGCGGGGAACCAAUAUGAUUACGAUAAUUGGGCUGACAUAGUGAACGAUAGCACUUGGAACUGGGAGAAUGUUUUACCGUACAUAAAAAAGUCACAGAGACUUGAGGAAGACUCCAUCAUCAACUCUCCUCAAGGACAGUUCUUUGGAACUGAAGGAAACGUUGGACUUACCCUUUCUUUGAGUAAUAAAAGAGAAAAAUACUUCAAAGUAUUUGAAGAAACGGGGAGCCAAAGACAAGUGGCUUUUAGUGGAAAUAAUUCUCUAGGCUACAGUGACAGUCUUUUCACCAUAUCUGACGGUGUUCGACAGAGCACUGCUAUUUCUUACUUAGUGCCUAUCAGGAACCGACCAAACUUACACGUUUUAAAAAAUACUCUAGUGAAGAAAAUUAUAUUUGAUGCAUUUAACAAUGCUGUGGGCGUUGAAGCGUAUACUUAUGACAAAAGAUUUAUUAUAGUGAAAUCUAGGAAAGAAGUUAUUGUGUCAGCUGGUAUUGUUAAUUCUCCAAAGCUUCUUAUGUUGUCAGGAAUCGGUCCAAGAAAUCAUCUAUAUAGUCACAAAAUCGCUACAAUAUCUGAUUUACCAGUUGGGAAGAACUUACAGGAUCAUUUGGCUGUGGUUAUUGUGUUUAACAUGACAAACCUGGUAUAUCCUUAUAGACCUUGGAAUCCUUACAAAUAUCCAGCAUCAGUUUUAAUGGGCUAUGUGUCUAUGAAUGAGUCUAGUAACUAUCCCGACUACCAGACCAUCAAUUUUGUGAGCCUCCCCCCAUAUCUCAUGAGUUAUUGUACCUUUACAUACAGUCAGACUGACGAAAUCUGUAACAAUAUAAUAGGGACUAAUGUCAACUCCGAGAUGAUGUUUUCUAUAGUAAACAAGCAAUUAUACAAGUCUAGAGGAGAAAUCCUUUUGAAGAGUCGCGACUUUAUGGAUGAUCCCUACAUUUAUCCCAAUUACUACAAAGAAGAAGAAGAUUUAGAAGACCAUGCGAGAAUAGUAGAAGAUUUUAUGAAGAUCUUAGACACAGAUGCAUUUCAGAAAAUUGGUGGGACGUUCCAGAAUCCCAAAUUACCUGGGUGCAGAAAUUACACAGUGGGUACCAGGGAUUAUUGGAAAUGUUAUAUAAGAUGUAUGACAACAUCUGAACACCAUUAUAGUAGUACGUGUGCAAUGGGAUCUGUAGUAGACUCUAGAUUAAGGGUGUAUGGUGUGAGAAGACUAAGAGUCGCCGAUGCUAGUGUCAUGCCAUACCCCACCGCAGGAGGUACUUUAGGAGCUGCAAUUAUGAUUGGAGAAAAAGUAUCUGAUAUGAUCAAGGAAGACAAUCAAGAUUACAAGCCUUUUUGCUGCUAA